CUUACUUUCUCUUUCGUUCUUUCUUUUUAUUCCCCUUUUUUUUUCUUUUCUUGUUGUUCUCUUUUUCACGCUAUUUGUAAAUAGUCAAGCAUUUAUAUAAAAAUGAAUACAUCUAGUCAAUCGGCAGACCCAGAGCUUUAUUAUAUUAAACAAGAACGUAUAGGCAAAGGAUCUUUUGGUGAAGUGUUUAAAGGCCUUGAUAGAAGAACAAACAAACCAGUUGCUAUCAAAAUCAUUGAUCUUGAAAGUGCUGAAGAUGAGAUUGAUGAUAUCCAGCAAGAAAUUGCCAUUCUGUCUCAGUUAGAUUCGCCUUUUGUGACAAAAUAUCACGGCUCAUAUCUUAAGGGUACAGGUUUAUGGAUUAUUAUGGAAUAUUGUUCAGGAGGAUCAUGUAGUGAUUUAAUGAAAAUGGGCACUGUUCGUGAAGAAUACAUUGCCAUUAUCAUAAAGGAGUUGCUGAAAGGUCUUGAUUAUCUCCAUAAUGAAGGAAAAUUGCACCGAGACAUUAAAGCUGCAAACAUUUUACUUAGCUCCAAUGGUGAAGUCAAAUUGGCAGACUUUGGUGUAUCUGGACAAAUUACUGCCACAUUAACAAAGAAGAACACAUUUGUGGGCACACCUUUCUGGAUGGCCCCUGAAGUUAUCAAGCAAUCAGGCUAUGAUUACAAAGCAGAUAUUUGGUCUCUUGGUAUCACAGCAAUCGAACUUGCUAAUGGAGAACCGCCUUAUGCCAAGAUGCAUCCCAUGAAAGUCUUGUUUCAUAUACCCAAGAACGAACCGCCCACUUUAGGCCCUCCCCAUAGUAAAGCAUUUCGAGAUUUUGUCAGUUUGUGCUUGCAAUCCAAUCCUGCUAACAGACCCUCUGCUAAGGAAUUGUUGAAGCACAAAUUCAUUAAGGGCAGUAAAAAGGUGGCUUACCUGACUGAAUUGAUUGAAGGUCAUGAACGUUGGAUCAAUAUCAAUGGGCGUGAAGAUGAGUCUUCUGAAGAAGAACAAGAAUUGGAAUUAGAGACUGAAGAUACAUGGGAUUUUGGUACAGUCAAAGUACCACCAUCUAAAGCACCACUUCAGAUGCACAAUUCUCCAAGCCAGUACUCAAUAGCAGACACUAAUUUUCAUCAAACAUCACCUAUGCCACGUACAACAAGCACCAAUCUUGUACACUCUUCGCCUUAUUCAUCUUCUUCACGCGUGAAUGAAAUCACUACAAAGAUGCAACAAACAGGAUUCAGACAAAGUACAAGUGAAUAUGAAGACGUUAAUCAAAAUACUGUACGAGCAACAGAAAUGGCUGCUGUUUACUCCCGCAGUAACAGCAGCAGCAAGAGAAAUAGUUUGGCUCAACCUGGCUCAAAUCCUUUACCUCCUUUACCUAACAAAUCGCCUUCUUCCAGAAGUGUCAGCACAGUCGGUUCAAGUAAAUAUCAUACAGAGACGAAUGUCUUUUUAGAGUCUAUUCUGCCUCUCUUAGAUCAGCUACAAAAGAAAUGUAAAAAUCACAAAAGCUUAGCAGCUGUUGAAUCAUUACAAAAAUCACUUGUAUCUGUUGAAAGAGAAUUGCCAGGUACAAUUAAGACUUUAUUUGAAGAUGCUUCUCAUCUACUAUAAACAAUGAUGCGGAAUAAAAAAAACGGG